AUGUUAGUAUUAAUUCAGCCGUUGGUCGAGACGAACGCGCGGACGGUUUGGCUGUCGCUUGCAUCGGUUCCGUAGGAUCGAUACGCAUAAACUUAAGUGCAUCCUCGUACGAAGUUUAAACUGACAAAUUAAUGUGAUAUUGAACGUAUAGGGAUAAAUGUGACUCUACAAGAAAACUUGAACGUUGUUUUGGAUUGCACCCCUGCAUGAAUAUAUAAAUUAGGUUGUAACAAUGGGGGCUCCAGCAUGGGGUUCUCGAGGCGAUCGUCCGCGGUUGCUGCGGAUGACGCCGCUACGUCACAGUUUUGCAGCACCAGCCACGCCGCCUGCGCAACCACCCCGUACACAUGACUAUGCAUCGGAUGCUGAUACUAACAAAAAAGAAGAAAGCUGGAACGCGAACUUGUCUCAGAGGUGGAGAAAGUUAAGGCGUCGAUGUUCGCGUUUGCGGCCCGGAUCUGGUAAUCGCGAGCCGAGCCCCGUGCGAUGUUCACCAUCGCCCCCGCGACCGCCUCCGCAUUGUUCUCCUGCUCCACCUUCUAAGCUAUCCUUCAGACACCGUGGUAAAGUUUAUACCACCGCAUCACUACGUGUCACCAGCGGUGCGCCAGAUUUACUCCGAGCAUUGGGUAAGCUAGGUGGUGGCUUACGCAGGCGAGCCUUAUCAGCGCACGAUGUUCUUACACCACCGCCGCAACAACCUUCUACAUUUUACGUACCAAGUCCAAGCAACACUAGAACAACUUCAUCACCAUCGCCACCUCGACAGAGCGCCACAGUACAUAGACGUUGUAGCUCACCAAAUGUCUACAGAGCAAAGGAUUCUCCGAGAAAUCGAACUCCACUAAUUCAAAGUCAAGAUGAUGAAAGUCGUGACGUUGUUGAUUUUAAUGAUGGACUAGAACGUAAGAAAAGUAGCAAAGACGUUCGAUGUAGACCAUAUAGUGAAAAUGUCGAAGUAGAAAACAUGUAUAGGAAUGGAUAUAACAGAUUGACAUCAGACACAACAGAUAGGCUUUGGGAUGAGCCGUACCGACUGCCUCGAGUACACGCCCGACAAGAACCUAUUCAGCUAUUACGUAACUCGGUUGCUGAGCUGAGGGUAAGCUCGACACCUCGUUCUACUCGCCCACCUCCUGCACCGCCUGUUUCUGCUCAGAAAUCUAACAAGAGACCACCUGCACCAGAACCACGUGAUACUCAAGCAUUUGAGGUACGUUUUACUAAGUCGGCGGGAGGUAAGGGGCUUGGUUUUAGCAUUGUGGGUGGACGCGACUCACCUCGAGGCGACAUGGGCAUCUUUGUGAAAACCAUAUUCAAUAACGGUCAAGCAGCGGAAUCUGGCUUACUUCGUGAAGGUGACGAGAUAAUGUCAGUGAAUGGACGAGGCACGGCUGGUUUAACUCACAGUGAAGCUAUAAGACUUUUCAAAGACGUGCGCGCCGGUCCUGUAAUUUUACGAGUGACGAGACGUGCGCCUGCGCGCUGACUGCCUUGCGCCUGUUGCGGUGAUCCGCUCCAGGCGCCAACUAAUAUUUCCACCUACUCCACUUUGUAACAUACGUCAUGUAUUUUAGCACUUAUAAAUAAUUUAAUAAUAUGUAGUCAACGUAAAUUCAUUUAACUGAGUCCAAAGACACUAAAAUGUUGAUAAGACCACAUUUCAAAACCAAACGUUAAUUUUAUUCACAAGCAUGCUUAUUAAUAUUUUAGUUUUUGUUUUGAACAUAUUAGAAGCAUUUAAUUUUAAACGUUUAUAAUUAUGCCUUGCACGACUGUACAUAUGCAUAUUAAAUAUAUUAUGCAACGAUAGUCAUGUAAUAUGAUCCAUAAUUGGAAAUGUCACCUUUAGUUGGUAUAAGUUUUAAUGGUUCGCUGCAAUUAUUUCGUUAUCAUCAGACUUAACUAUCUAAAUUUUAAUACAACAUGUUAUACAGAUUAGACAUACUGUCAGUUUUGAUGUAUGUAUAAUCAAUCAUUAAAAGCACAAACUGUACAUAGUAUAUUUAUUAUAUUUAUACAGAACUUUACAAUUAAUUAUUAUUAAUAAGAAGACAAAUACAUGUCUGUGAUAAAUACAAGACGAAUGAUAAAAUUUUCAAGCUGCUAA